GGCCAGGAGGAGCGAAGCCCCGGGCCGCGCAAGGGACGGCUCCGGACGGGAGGCGGCAGGCCGGGGCAGCCCUCCAAGCUGGCUGGAGCUCAGCAAUGGGCCGGCCCGCAGGAGGAGGCGGAGGCGGGAAGGCUGCCGAGGGGCUGGGGGCAGGGGAGGGGACCAUCGGCUGGGCAGGGCCGAUAGCCUAUCUCCCGAGCAGCCAGCCCGGCCGCCUCUUCUUCCCCGCCCGCCCCAGCCGCGCACGCCUCCCCCGCGCCAGCCGCGAGAUGGGCAGCAUCGCCAAGGAGCCGACCCCCAGCGCGGAGCCCGGCGCGCCCCAGGAGCCCAAGGAAGCCGCGCACACCGAGCACCGGGCGGCUGCCAAGAGGGAGUACCAUCACCGGAUCUUUGUGAACCGGAGCCUGGCGCUGGAGAAGAUCAAAUGCUUUGGUUUUGAUAUGGACUACACUCUAGCAAUGUACAAGUCUCCAGACUAUGAAGAGCUGGCUUUUGAACUGCUGCUGGAGCGAUUGGUUUCUAUUGGAUACCCCCACGAGAUCCUGGAGUAUAAAUAUGAUCCCACUUUGCCUACCAGGGGCCUGGUAUUUGAUGCCUUGUAUGGGAAUUUGCUGAAGGUGGACUCCCAUGGGAACCUGCUGGUGUGUGCGCACGGCUUCCGCUUCCUCAAAGGGGCUGAAAUCUGGAAUUUUUACCCAAACAAGUUCAUCCAGAGGGAUGACAUGAAGCGCUUCCACAUCCUAAACACUUUAUUUAACCUGACAGAGACCUACCUCUUUGGCUGCCUGGUGGAUUUCUUUACCAACUGCUCCCGAUAUGUGAAUUGUGACACAGGCUACAAACACGGCAACCUCUUCAUGUCUUUCCGGAGCAUGUUCCAGGAUGUCCGAGAAGCCAUGGACUACGUCCACCUCACAGGCUGCCUCAAGGAAAAGACGCUGGAGAACCUGGAGAAGUACGUGGUGAAAGAUCCUCGUGUUCCCCUCCUGCUGAGCCGCAUGAAAGAAGUGGGGAAGGUGUUCCUCGCCACCAACAGUGACUACAACUACACAGACGCAAUAAUGACCUACCUGUUUGACUUCAGUGAAGAUGGCCUGGAGGAACCCCAGCGCCGUCCCUGGCGCUCCUACUUUGAUCUGAUUGUGGUCGACACACGCAAGCCACUCUUCUUUGCUGAGGGGACCGUCCUGCGGCAGGUCAACACGGACACAGGGAAGCUGCGGAUUGGCACCUACACAGGACCCCUCCAACACUGUGCUGUUUACUCUGGAGGCUCUUCAGACAUGGUGUGUGACCUCUUGGGAGUGAAGGGCAAGGACAUCCUCUACAUUGGUGAUCACAUAUUUGGAGACAUCCUCAAAUCCAAGAAGAGGCAGGGCUGGCGCACCUUCCUGGUGGUGCCCGAGCUGGCCAAGGAGCUGCAAGUGUGGACAGAGAAAAGCGAACUCUUUGAAGAACUGCGGAGUCUGGACGUGUUCCUGGCUGAGCUUUACCAGCACUUGGACAGUGGAAGCAGCGAGCGCCCGGACAUCAGCUCCAUCAAGAGGCGCAUACAGAAAGUCACUCACGAGAUGGACAUGUGCUACGGGAAGAUGGGUAGUCUGUUCCGCUGCGGCUCCCGCCAGACCCUGUUUGCCAACCAGCUGAUGCGCUACGCUGACCUCUACGCCGCCUCCUUUAUUAACUUCCUGUAUUACCCUUUCAGCUAUCACUUCCGGGCACCACCCACACUGAUGCCCCAUGAGUCAACUGUGGAGCAGACACGCAUAGAGUUCAGUGAGACUACCUUGCUACCACCAGGGCAUCGGAUGCACCCGCUUGGCUUCUGCAAGCAGCAGAAGCUCCAAAACAUUUUCCAGGAGGCCAACAAUGAGGAGGACUACGACGACUGAAUCCCGUCAAUCCAUGCCGAAGGAAAUCCAGAUGUGACAGAUGAGUGUGGCUCAGCCGGAGCUGACAGGGUGGGAAGGGGGAGAAGAAGGGCUUCUAAAAUGGAACGGAUGUUGGAAUUUCCCUAGCCGACGUCAGAAAGAUCUAACCUGUGAAGUGACCGAUUCUGAAAGAUAGGCCAAGGCCACCUGUGGCUCCGGGUGCAAUAGCCCCACGAGUUGCAAAAGCUCUUUCUAGGAGGCUUGCUGUUUGCACUCCCUCCCCCACUAGCCACUUCAACCAUCAGGAGCGCCACCCCCAAGAAUCGAGACCUGCAGCCCCUCCCAGCUGAUUCCAUCUGAAGAUGCUGCCUCUAGCUCAUUACUUCUGCAUUAAGAAGCUAUGAGAGUCACUGCCUGGGCACAGCCCUCUCAGGGAGUGGUUCAGCCCCUGAAACCAAGGUGGGUCAGUUUCCCCUUAGCAGGAGGAAUGAAGACCGGACCUUUGAGAAUGGCAGCACGAGGCCCCCAUUUCCUUUCUGCUCUCGCUGUGCACACUUUUGCUGUGUGUUUGAGAAGCAAAGAAGAAAGCCAGUCUCCUUCCUGAGCAGACACCGUCGCUCUGGGGAGAAACCCCUCCCUCUGGCACCUGUAGAAGAAGCCCUGUGCCGCUCAAGCCCGUGGGAAGUCCAGGACUACGUUACUGGGCCUGAAACGAUUAGCCCUGGAGCAGCGGAAACUCCUCAGGCCACAACCAAGAGGAUCCGUAGUGGGUCCAGUCCCAGACAGUGGUUAUAUGGACAUGCUUUUGGGACUCGGUGUUCAAGCCAGCGCUGCUGCCAAGAGCUCAGCACAAAUCUUUACGCUGUAUUUGCCAUGUAGGAAGAGUGGCUGUGCCUCCAGCUCCUCCCGCCCCCAAGCAAGGCACCUUGUUACCACGUUAGCCCAAAGAAAGACCACAACAGAGAAACAGAGAACCAUUUCUAGGACUGGAGGGGGGUGAAGAGUACCCACCUUAGUUUACCAGGGAGGGAAGAACGGUCAGUCUGAAAGGAGCACAGGUCAAAAAGGAAACACAGCUCAAGGCCAAGAGAGUCUUUUGAGGCUCAAGUCAUGGAAACUUGCUGCGGGAUUCUCACCCAGCACGUAUCCCCAGCACCCCCUGCUGUCCAGAUACCUUCAUGUAACAAGCCAGUCAGGCCUUAAUGUUGGCUGGAGCAGAAUUUAAGGGAGAAGAUUAGAGAGAGAGAGAGCUGUGUCCCAGGAGCCAAGCCCGGGGGGACAGAGGGAAAAGCACAGCUAGCAGACUCUUCAGUGACGGGGGUAGCAGAGAAACCCACUCCACGCAGUAUGCAGGAGGCCCUUCACUGUCUGUGCUCACACAGGAUCGCAGAGAAGGGGGUUGGGGCAAGGCACAGAAGAUACACACACCCCUUUCAACAGAGACCAAUGUGCUUCUCUGUUCCUCUGCUAAGUCAGCUCCUCAAAGAUAGAAAUCUUGCUGUGAAAGAAGGGCACCGCCUCCCCCCCCCCAACUCCCCAAAGCCAGAUGUACACACAGGUUUCUUCCA